GCUUAUUUUCUACGAGAUGGCUAACGAACAUUUGUCUGACAAUUGUAUUUUCUGUAAAAUCAUCAAGGGUGAAAUUCCUUCAAACAAAAUUGCAGAAACUGAAAAGAGCUAUGCUUUCCUUGACAUUAAUCCCUUAAGUGAAGGACAUGCUCUUAUUAUUCCUAAAUAUCAUUCAGAGUUUUUCCAUCAACUCCCUGAUGAUGUUCUCGCUGAUAUGUUGCCUUUAGCUAAAAAGGUUGCACUUGCUAUUGGUUUAGAUAAUGGUCAAUACAAUUUGUUGCAGAAUAAUGGUCGCAUGGCUCAUCAGGAGGUUUUCCAUGUUCAUUUCCAUAUUAUCCCUAAGCCUAAUCCUGAACAAGGUCUUAUCAUUGGUUGGCCUCAACAAAAGUUUACUGCAGAAGAUUUGAAGAAGACUUUGAACCGUAUUAAAGAAAAAUUGUAAAAACACAUGUUAAGAAUAAAAUAUAUAUAAAUUUUGGAUAAAAAAAUAAUCUUGGUAAAGGAUCAUCACAGUGUCAACUUAAUAAAAUAAAUAGUUCUAAUUGGAUAAAACCGUGGAUUAACAACCUGUCUAAGUAAAAAUGUUGCUCGACAACCACCAAUUCGUUGUCAUGGUUAUCCAUUAUUAACUCG